AAUAACCCCUUCUGCACUUUGAACACGGAUGUCAGUGGUUUGCUAAGUCUGGUGUCUACGAUCAACCACGACGGCUACUGCUUGUCGCAUUUGUGGACUUACAGGGAUUUCUCCAACGGCGUCAUGGGCCUUGCGUGGGUCGCCAAGAUGCAUAUAGGCCCAUUUACCACUGGCGGCAUGUGUGAGCUUUUCGCUCAGUCCCUAAUGAUGUCAUCCGGCGAGGUACAUGUGACGGAAACAUUUCAGAGCCUCAACACAGGAAUAAUCAGUUUCUUGAACUACAACUACUUUGUGCCUUUACUUUUGUCCGAGAUCACUGUAGCACACGAAAUUGGGCACAGCUUCGGUUCUCCUCACGACACUGAACCAAAGUGUAUACCGCGGGGACCCGAUGGACACUAUCUGAUGUAUCCAACCGCUACGAGAGGCAACCUGAAAAACAACCGCAAAUUUUCACCCUGCAGUAUAACAGCAAUAUCUAAAAUACUUCAUGCAUUGAUAGAAGGCAAAGGAGGACGUGAGAACUGCUUGCAAGAGGACAGUGGACCAAUAUGCGGGAAUCGCAUUGUAGAAGGUCUUGAGCAAUGCGACUGUGGCCUGAAUCAUGAGCAAUGCACAGAUCGCUGCUGCAAUCCCAAGCGCGGUGAUGCUGGUAGUAAGGGCUGCACCUUAACGUCUGGGUCCACGUGCAGCCCUACUGCAGGACCGUGCUGCUCCGAGAAAUGUCUGCUGGAGAAAGCUCAUACGCUCUGCGCGCCCAAGAAAGAAUGCACUCUGGCAUCGUACUGCACUGGGCAGACUGGGACGUGCCCGCGACCAGUUUUCAAACCGAACAUGACGGUGUGCAAUAACAACACUCAAGUGUGUAAGGACGGAGAAUGCACGGGAUCAAUUUGCGAGAAAUACGGCCUCGAAGAAUGCACCUUGGACAAGGACUACAGCAUAGACGAGCAAUGCCUCGUGGCCUGCAGAAACACGAAGACGUCUACAAGAUGUCGUCCAGCGUGUUCAUACAAGGCAAUGCGCUCCUUGUGCGGUAUCAAGAUGAUGCCGGGAGCCCCAUGUUACGAUAUGCAAGGAUUCUGCGACAUAUUUUCCAAAUGCCGUAUCAUAGAUGCAGAAGGUCCUCUCUCAGGGGUGCACGCCAUCCUAUUUGGCACUGGGAAAAGCGGGUCAUUCAAGGAAUUCCUAAUGAACAACUUCUGGUUUGUUGUGUUAUUCACGGCAGGCUUUUCGGCAAUGCUCGCCCUGAUGAUCCAGUGUUUUGCCGUUCAUUUUCCGAGCAGCCAUCCGUUGAAGCCCGCGAAGAAGAUCACAGAGACCCUUACACGUCCACUAUCUGCAUUUAGCAAGUCUUACUCAUCAGCAUCAUCCACUAACAAGUCUUACGCAUCUGGAUCAUCCACCGAGAAAGCAGCCGAUGUGAGCAGCUGAAAAUGCUUGUAUACGGAAGCAAGUGUAACAUUUCCGCUGGAUUUUCUUCAGCGAUGCGGCUGUACUGAAAUAUAACGAUUCCGAUAACA